AUGGCAAGGAACAAGACUCAGCAAGUGGAUCAGUCGAAGGAUCAGAAUGACAACAAGGGAAAGGGAAAGUCGAAGCAAGAUGUGUACCCAGUCAUACCUCAAAAAGAUCUAUUUCAACGUAUAAAUUUCACUUAUCAAGCUUCCAUCUUCUUACAAUCGCUUGGGUCAGGUAGCUCAGCAGCUACAUCAACUCGAGGCUUCACUUCCGGUGAAGAUGGUCUGGAACUCAAGAUAGAUAGAAAAGGGAAACGUAAAGCUAUCGAAAAUAAAACAACAUCUUCACCACAUUUACACGAUUUAGAGGAACGAAUGACGAAUGAAGAAGGUCAAGAUGUCGAGAAGGGUACGACGAAGAAACUCAGACAAUUGGCUAGAAUGAAUAUCAGAGAAAUGAACGGCAUGUCUGUACAUAAUCAACUGAAGCUGGAUCCCUCAUUGAAACGAUCGUUAUGCAAAACAUGCGGUACGAUCCUGAUCCCAGGUCUGACCUCAAAAAUACGGAAUAGGCCUAAUCGGAAUUCAUUCUCAAUAACACAUCAUACAUGUCUAACAUGUCUCUCAUCAUUAUCCAUACCUGCUCCGCCUAUACCCACCUUGCCGGCUCAAAACUCUGUAAAUAGUAUACUGGACGACGAACAACUUGAUGGUCCCGUUAGACGGAAUCGUCGUAGAAAGGCUUCGAAAAGGGGUAAAAUCAUAUUUCACGAGAAAGAACGAUCGACUGCGGAUGGUCAUACGAUGGAUGGAGGACACACGUUGUGGAAGGGUCUUGAUAAGGUGGAAGGAUGGGGAAUCAAGUUGACUGAAGCUGGAGUAAGUGAAUGA